CUUACUCUGUAAAUUGGUUAUUUUAAUGGUUUAGUUCAACUUUAAAAAGGUUCAAAAAGCAGAUAUAAACUGCAAAAAGUUCGAGUAUAAAAGUAGUCUACUUUAAGAAAUAAAGUGACAUAUAACCGGCACUGUUUUUUUGUCUCGUUUAAAUUGAGAAAAAAAACAUUGAUAUCGUCAAUCAUACACGUGGCGAGAAUAUAUAUACGUUUAUAAGAAGCAUGUUUCUUCGUUUGAAGAAAAAUGUUAGAAAAGGAUAGAUUGCUCCAUGUGAUAUAAACAUAUAUAUAUACUCUGGCCACGUGUAUGAUUGACGAUACAGACAGAUUCACGGAGUCGCGCCGCGACUACAAGACUUUAUAGCGAUCGCGACGUGAGAUAGCGAAUCAAUAGCGAUCGCGUCACGAGUCUUCUAAAAUACGUUUCUUGAAAGGAUACGACUUUACCGCGAUCGCGUGGCGACAGAGCGAGUUCACAGCGAUCGCUAUCGCGACAGAGCGAUCGCGCCGCGAGUUAGACGCGAGUGUCGAUCUGGGUGGCUCCCAACUCCCGUGGUAUAAACCCUUGACUCUUAGUGACAAAACGCCUUUGCCCGCUAAGUUUACUCCCUAAGUCAAAAUUUGAGGCUCAGGUAUUAAUCAAUGCCUAAGGGCAUUUAUGAAUCCGUACGUUUUACUCUUAAAUUUAAAGAAGUUUAUAUCUCAGAUAUAAACUGCGGCUUGAUGGAAACAACUAAAACUAGGAAAGCGUAUUCGAAAAAGCACAGCAACAGAUUUUAGAAUAAUUUAGUUGUUUUUCACAGUUAAGUGUCUGCGAGUUAGAACAGAAAUCAGUUCAAAAAAUGAAAAAUAUGUUUUAUUGCAGAAACUAUAACAAAAAACUUGAGCGCAUGAACAGAAGUUUUUUGCAACUAAACUGUCUAGUAUGUCAAAACUUACGUAUUAUUAGGCAAAUCAGAUAUUUACUCGCAUUACUCAAAUUUUUUGAUUUACUUCGAAAUCGGAGGACCCCUCCGUGCUUCUGGUACUUCGCGGCGUCCCUGCCCGACAGAAAUCAAAACUUGUCUAACAUCAUUUCAGUUUUGGCUUUAUUCCCUAGAGGUCUAUUUCGCGAUAUCUGCUUAAGAUUUUCUCACAUUUUCUGUUGUUUGGUACAUUAGUUACAUAAUGUCCUACAAUGGAUAGAUAGCAUUACUAGCAAUUUGAAUACUUUGUUAAUGUACAUCAAAGCGGCAAUAAUUAAUGUUCUGAUUGGCGUGAAAUGUUUUCAAAUCAAAUUUCUUUUUAUUCAUCAUGAUGUUUCGUUAUAUUUACUUAUAUAACACACUGCCCCGAAAUGCUACCCAUUUACCGUAUCAUUGCGGAUGUGUAUCCACUGUAAAAAAAGUAACGAAAAAACUUGAAAGUUACGCUGCAAUAUCAACUUUUUACUGUUAAUUUUUUCAUUUUUUACAAUAAGUCGAUUUAAGUUCUGAUUUAUCACCAUCCAUGUGUCAGCGUUCCUAAUGAGAUUUUCUCGCUGACUGUAUUACAUUAGUAAACUCUAGUUUUUUCACAGUAUAUUGUUUCUUUUAUAGAUUGUACACUAUGUAGCCACUGUGAAAAAACGCGUAACAGUCAAAUAUGAAAAUUUCAAAGAUCUGUUUCCACGGGUUUUUUCCAAUCAACAAUGACACAUACACAUGAGUAUAGAGAGACUGGAGAGGCAAAAACUUCACUUUGCUUUUCCUUGAUAACGAGAAAAACAAAAUUUUCAAAACGAUUUGAGAUAAAAAGCCAGUUCACAAGACGAAGCAUACCUAUUCUAUAGAUGCUGUCCAUUGGAAAAGUUAUCUGUUAUUCUUCGUAGAGAUUUUCUGCAAUAACUUGUACGUAUAAUUUGCUUCUAUGGAGCAACAAUUUUUCAUUCGAAAUUAUGCAAUACAUUAUAAUCUGCUUGGUUAUAGACUAAGUUUUUUUUUGAUACAAUACUCAAGCUUGUUCAAAAAUGAAUCUUUAAAUUUUUUGUUUUAUUUUUUUUGGAUUAUAUGUUCUUGUAUUUAUUUCAACGUAUUCUACCGUAUCUACCAACUUGUUCCAUUUGUGUUUGAAAAUAUGUAAGAUUAAUUUUGUCUAACUUUCAACAACAAGGGUUGAAUCAUAUCGCUUUUUCAGGAAACGUCUUCAUGAAGAUGAUCCAUGUUGUUUACUCGAAGAACCAAAAGCCAAACGAAAUUUGUCGAAUGGAUUUAGUUCUCCAGCACAUCAAUCAGCAGAUUACAGUGAAUAUUCUCCACCAAACUCAUUAUCGACUUCGUCUUCCAAUUCAUCUCAUUCUACACAAUCUGAAGCUGUAAAAAACCACCACAAUGAAAAUCCAUUAUCUUCACGGUCACAUCAUUUGACAACUAUUGUGCCACAUAAUCCAGACUGCGUCGUUCACAAUAAUGAUUCGCUUCCUCAAGAACUUACACGCAAUGAUAAUCCAUCUUAUUAUGAACAAAAUUUAUUGUUGUAUUAUGCACAUUUGGAACGUGUUAGACGGCACGGGACAAAUAUACACAGUUCACAAUAA